CGUGAACUGCUCGGAGAUCACGCGACUUCUAAUGCGAAUAGUGCGGCAUUUGGAAGGGAACAUUUAGGAAGUGGCAGAAAUGUGGCAUUUCUUAUAUAAUUUAAAGAAGAAGAACAAUGUGAACAAAUACAAGAAAAAGAAAACUAAGUUAAUGGAAUGUGAGGAUGAUAUCUGCGACACAAAUAUCAGCAACACUCAUGACGUUCUGUUUUGGUCUCUAUUUCCUCCUUUUAUUGAACCGUUUUCAUCUCUCUCCAGUUUAGAACCGCAACGCAUAUUUGAAGAGAAACGUUGUAUUGUCGCGACUUACGUUGCACCAAAUAUACAUAUCAAUAUCGCUGUUCCAAACCCAUAAUCAGCAAUCGUACAUACUC